CCCGGCGGCCGCAGAAGCCUUCCCCCGCCCAGCCGCGGUAGGGCCGGGCUCCUCCGCACCGCCGAGCAGGAGCGGCCGGAGGAUGGUGCUCAUCAUGCUGAAGCUUCAGACACCCUCAGCUACAGAGCGGCCUGGCCAAGGAAGACAGCAAGGGUUUGCAGUCUGACCUGCACAGCUGGUGGGGGGCGAUGAAGCUGAAUGAGCGUAGCGUGGCCCACUAUGCCACCUGCGACUCGCCCGCCGACCAUGCCGGGUUUCUGCGCAAGCGGGUGGAGCGGCACCACCACCAUGUCCACCACCACGGCAUCUCCUACCAGCGCCACUGGUUUGUCCUCAAGGGCAAUCUCCUCUUCUACUUUGAGGAGCGGGAGAGCCGGGAGCCUGUGGGGUUGGUGGUCCUGGAGGGCUGCACCGUGGAGCUGUGCGAGGCCGCUGAGGAGUUCGCCUUUGCCAUCCGCUUUGAUGACGCUGGUGCCAGGGCUUAUGUGCUGGUGGCUGAUGGGCAGGCUGCCAUGGAGGCCUGGGUGAAGGCACUCUCACGGGCCAGCUUCGACUACAUGCGGCUGGUGGUAAGGGAGCUGGAGAAGCAGCUAGAGGAGGCCUGCAAGAGCUUGGCUGCUUGCCAUAAGUCUCCACGGAGGUCUUCCUCCUCCUCUGGCAGGAAGAGGCAUCUCUCCAACCCUGCCUUGCCGCAACUCCAGGAGAAGUCCACCACCCUGGAGAAUGGCUACUCCACAUGGAGUAGUGGUGGUUGUGUCGCUGGUGGGGCCACCUGCACUGACCAUGAUGGGGGGCAAAUGAAGCCCCCGCCGCUGCCUCCACGCCGGCGCUCAGCCGCCAGCAGUGCCACAGGAUCCCCAGCACUUGGCCUCUCACCAGCCAUGCUGGAGAGCCCAGUGUCACCAGAAACUAUCUGCUUCUCCAAGCUGCACAACUGGUAUGGGCAGGAGAUCGCAGUGCUGAGACGGGAGUGGCAGGAGAGGCAGAAGAGGGGACACCCAUGACUGGGGGCACAGGACGAAAGUCACUGGCCAGCUGAUGCCCAGCAGCCUGUCAUGAAUGCAGGAAGAGUGAAGUGAGGGAUGCUGCUUGUCUCCUCCCCUCGUGAGUGGCUGAGUGUGUGGGGUGUGUAUGCUUCAUUUGGGAGGGACUCAAAUAUCCUCUAAAUCUCACAUUUAAUUUCCAUGAGGCUUUAUACAGCCAGAGAGUGUGUAACAACAGAGGAGCCACCUUUAUUUAAACUCUCUCUGCUGGAAACAGGAGCUGCCCAAAUCAGUACAUAUUGCAAUGAACCUUAGCCAACAGGCUUGGCCACUUGACAUGGUGGAUGCUGUAGGUGUUUCAUCCCCUACCUCUUCUUCACUACUCUGUUUGUUUGUUUUGGGUUUCUGUUUGUUUGUUUGUUUGUUUGUUUGUUUCUUAGUGUGGAAGUUUGCUUUUGAUCUGUGCUUAUUACUGUCUGUGGUCUUGUGCCAAAGUCCUUCUGCCUUUUUUUUUUUUUUUUGCAGCAGAAAAGGCUGGGCUCUUAUGAAGUGCCUCUGACAGGCCACUCGCCCCAGCGCAUGCCUCCAAGCCUUGUGCCUCUCUCACUAUAUGUAAAACCACUGCAGCUGUUGCUGGCCCAGCAGCUGGGGCUUUUGCAUUGUUUUUUUUACUUUCAUCUGUACUAACUCUUCUUUCAGUUAAAUCCUUCUGGAUGUGGAUUAUCAUGGUCUUGCAACUGUCUCUUUGUGUGCUCAUAUUCAGCAGCAAGCCUGAAAUAGAGACACGGAGCUUGGCCUGAAGCCACAGUGAGGACACCAGGAGCUCCCCAGGGCUGAUCUGGACUCUGUCAAGUGGUAACCAAGCCUGCUAAUAUUCUGGCUCAAGGCUUCCCUGUUCCUAAACAGGGAUGCUAAAGCCUCUUUGCCUGGGCAGGAGAAAAUUUCUCAGCCUUUGCUUAGAUCACAGUCCCUGCAAAGCGCCCUAUAGGGCUCAGUCAGCUCAUUGGGCUGCUUGCCCAACAGGGUCUCUAGAGCCACACUCCUGCAGGGCCUCUCUCGGUGGUGUAGCUUUGCCCAGCUCCUGGCCGUGCUGUGCAGUUGGAGGAGAGGCUUUGAAGGAGUGGGGAGGGAGAGAGGACUGGUCUCAGGGGGAGACGUGAAGGUGUGGGAGUGAGUUAUGGGUGUUGGCAGUGUCUGGGCUUGCCUCUCCAGCAUCAAAGCCAUAUCACUGCCUUCUACCAAGCCUGCACCUGGCCUGCUGGUACUUCACUCUGAUUUCACGUCAGCAUUGCUUGGCUGAUCUCUGCAGCACAUUCUAUCUUCCCAGCAGGCUGGGAGGGCUACAGGGAGGCAUGCCUGUUGCCUCACUAUGGAAACAGACUUGUCCGUCAGUAGGUCAGAAACCUUGGCUGCAAAGCACAUGGUACAAGUAGGUGGGUGCCAAGUCCAGGGACUAGAGCACCCUUGGGAUGGGAUUUAAAAAUUUCCCUUAUCUAGUUGCAUGCUUCCUAUCUAAAAAUGUUAAACCUGUUUUUUAUAGUUCUGUUUUAUUAAAGAGCUUUGCUAGGAAAGCAAAAGCCCUUUUCAGGUCAUGACUGGCUGGAACCUUUCUAGACUUAAACACACUCGGCUUCCUACUUUGCAAUAGCCUGUAGAGAUAGCCAAUGAAGAAAUCAAAAUUAAUUCUGUUAACUCUUGGUGCCUUUUAAAAUAUGUCUCUGGUAGUUUUGGAUGAUGAGCUUCCAGCCUCCUGCCUAAUUAGGGCUCGAUGGUAUAUUAGAGGAAAUCAGAUCUUAAAUUAGAUCUUACAAAUUACUUUGGGCAGUGAGAGUGUAACCUUCACUUGCACGUAAUGCAAUCCAGUCCUCCCUGGUUCUUGGUUGUAUAACUUCACAGUAAGGGUCUUCAAGUUUGGGAGGAUUAUUUUUGUUCUGCUUUUGUGAAAACAGUUCAGAAAAAUCAGGAGCAGGUGGCCAUGGGGCAAGGCCCUGGCUUCAUCAGCAGCUCAGCUGGUUGGACAUAGGGGCCAUUUCUGCCUCCCUACCCUGCUGCUUGAAGAGUUCAGUACUGCAGCAUUCCUGGCUGCAGAUGUGUUCCUUUUCUCAUGCCAGGGCAGCAGCAUCAAGGGAUUGUACUACCUGGUGCCUCCUUGCUCUGAGCAGGGGUAUUUUGGGACCAAGGUCAAAUUUGUCAAGCAUUUUCCUGUGGUUAUUUUUUUUAAUGUAAUACAGAGAGAAUAUUCCUGAUGUCUCAGAUUAACAUAAAGCAGAUUGACAGUAAAGACUCAACUUCCAAAACAAAUCAAAAUAUAGUGGCAGUUCCUACAUGAGAACCAAGAAUUGCAAGUGACUUGAAAGGGAAAAUAAAUUAACAAAGCCAGUUCUGUCAGAACUGAAACUGGGACAGUAUUAUCCAUUUAAGGGCUGUUUCACUUUUAAGAAGCUUAGUUUGUUUUAAUAAGCCAGGAUUGUGCCCGUAACACUAGUAAAGAGCUUAUAUUUAAUGCUUUAAUCUGUCCCAUUCAAACAGAACAAUAUCCAUGCGACCUACCUUUGCGUUAGCACAUAUCCCAGCUAAAUCCCAAAUCCUGCAAAUGGGAUGCUGCACUCUACUUUCUGUCUGAUUACAUUUGGAAUAAUUUUGUGGUUUACUCUGCAGUGCUGAUAAGAAAAUGGCUGAAUCCUGAUCCACACUUAUGCUCAGCCCAGUCAUCCAUGCCUGGGUCUUUGCUAGGUCGCUAAAGCACUGAGUGACUUUGGAUGCACUUUAUCAGGAUUCCUCACCAUCCCAUUGUUGCAGCAGGGUUGGCUCUUUUCUGAGUGAAAAGAGACAUAAUUGGAGCCAUGCCGAAAUUUGUAUUGGAGUACAGGAUUUUUAAUGACCACUGCCACUUGCUUCAUCAGGCAGAAAGCACCUGAGUGCUGCACUGCUUCCUCGGAGAUGGAGGCUAUUGAGCCAGCCCAGCUGGACUGGUUGUGCUGGAAGUGCCUUUGAAGCAGCCCCCAGGCAGGAGGUUGGAAUUUCAGCUUCCGGAGGUUGAACAUUAGCUGGCUAAUGGAGCAGCCUGUCUGUCUUUCUACAGGCAGAGAUAGUUACAGGAAAAGAAGAGAGUUUUCACUGCACAUUGAUCUUGGCAGCAAAAUAAGACUGAUUGCCACCCAGGGUUUUUCUCCAGUCAUUCAUGCUGUUUCAAAGGUGUCUCCACUGCCUCCUCCUGCCUCCGCUUGUCCUUUUUAUUUUUAAAAAUAGAGAAUGUCUAUCUAAACAGGUUCCUUGGCAAAGAGGGAGCUGAACACUGAAGUUGAAUAGGUACUUUUCUUAAAGUACUGAAGUGAGAUCCUUUUCUAAGAGUCCUCUUUAGUGCACAAGCGAUAAGUGCUAAAAUUUAAAAUAAAUUGAAAGAGUAAGGGCAAUUCUGAUAUGGCCUUUGUGAGCUGUGCUGAGAAGGGCUCCCAGUCCUGCUAAAAUAGUUGAUUAAAUCCUUACAUUUUUCUGAGGCUGGCAUUUCAGAUUUGAGCCUGUGAGAUAUAUAUAUAUAUAUAUAUAUAUAUAUUUAACUGCUGUUUUCCACUGCAUCCAGAUGAAGAAUAACCUGAAGGUUUUACCCGUGGCCACUCUUAGCCAUGUGGUGGACAAUCAUGCAAGAUCAGACAUUUUGUGUUACGGUAGCUACUGCACUAAUAGUGCCUCGGGGAGCCACCCCUCAAUGUUACCUCUCUCGGCUGCCUUUGCAGAGAGGCUGAAAAAGCCCUCACUGAAAUGCACGGGGGCAUCUUUCACCAGCAGCACCAAACUCGUGUUCUCUCCCUACAAUUACCGGGAAAACACUAUGAGCAACUCCUGCCUUUCAAAGUGCUUCUGUUUUAGGUUGGGCAUCUUCCUUUUUUUAGGAGGUGAUUUUGCAUGUGCCUUUGUUACACAGAACUUGUAUUAUGCAUUUUAUUACAUUGUUUAGAGUUUGUUUUACACGCGGAACUUGUAUUACGCAUCUUAUUACAUUGUUUAAAGUUUGUAUUUUAAGCCCUAAAGCCGAAUAAACCGGUUUGAUUUGUAGGCCGUGCGCUGCCAA